AUGCAAGUCUGCUCCCUCCCUCUUCUUCCCUCCCUGCUGCCACUUGCUGCAGAACUUAAACCUAUGAGUAUUGCGGACCAACAGCUCUCGGCGAUCCAAAAUCAAAUAUCGCAGCUCCAAGCUCAAAGCUCUGUUCAAUUCCUCCAGUCACAGCUGCUACAGCAGGAAAAAUGCUCACCUUCACCAUGCUCAUCCGUUCAAGAGGAAAACUCAGACCCUAUAGCUGAAGCGAUCAAGACCUUGAACUCUAGGCCCAAUCGAUCAUCGAGGGAACAUAAGAAGUUGACCUUAGCAGAGAAACUUGAAAUCAUUCGAUGCCACGAGACAAAAAUUUUCUCUCAGACGCGCCUGGCUGAGCGUUACGGCAAGAGCAGAUCUGCCAUAUCAAAGCUUUUGCAGCCGGACAAUGUGCGAAAGUUGAAAGAGCUUGCUGGUGCUGGAGUCACGACCAAGAUGAAAAGAUGCUCCUCGGCCCACCACCCUGAGUUGGAGAGAAAAGUGCACGAGUUUUUCAAGACAGUUGGGCGUAAUGAUCCCGCCUGGAGGUUCAAGUUGUGUAUGUUCGCUGAAAAGACAGCGAUCAAUCUGGGAAUAUCUGGUUUCAAGGCCAAUCCUGGAUGGUGCUUCAGAUUCCUUCAACGACACGGCUUUGUUUCAUCUACAGAAACGCCGGAGGACUGUAUGACAGAGAGUUUGGUGAAGCAGGAGGUGGAAUCUCAAACCAGCACGCCAGAUAUGGGAGGAGAGUUCAGCGCAUUCCAAACCGUGAGGAGCAUAGCCCCUCCCAACCUCAUCAACUUGAACGCUGGAAACGCUGAGUUGCCGUUGCUUCCAAGCCUGUCGGCUAUACUUCCAUUGGUUCUGAAUAUGCAAAGAAGAAUCUCAUAG